UUUAUAUGUAAUAAGUGUUGAUGUAUUGUGGUGCCUGCCUGGUUCCUUUUACUGAAUGAUAUCCUGAAUGAUAUGAUUGAUAUUUUUAAAAGUGAAUAGUUGUGUCUAAUGUUUAACUCCACCACCUCUACCAGGACUCCAUGUUCUGUUUCCUCCCUUUCAAUCUAGCAUGAUUAAUAAAGAUCAAGUUAAGAUCAGAUAGCAAACUUUACAGUCACAGAGCUAUAACCAUAAAGCAUUGACAAGUGACAGCCUCACGGAAUCUAGAAAAUCUUUACAAAUAUUUCAGAACUGGGAUAUUUGCUGAUCAUCAUGAGAAUAAGCUUUGUGAAGACUUUGUUUCCAGUCUUGUCUGUCACUGUGGUGUUUCUCUAUGUGAGCUUGAUGAGGAAUAAUAUUCAUACUCAAGAGAUGCAGCUCCACCAAGUCCAGCAGAACUUUUCGUUACACAGUGCACUCAUCCUCAACAAGCUGGACAAACUGGAGGCUCAUUUAAAUGCAGUGGAAGAGAGAAGCCUCAAAGAGAAAAAUGAGAAGAAGCCAGCAAAGAAGCUGUUCCCAAACUCAUACCUCUUCAAGGAAUGGACUGUUGAACUCUCUGAGGAUGACCAGAGGAAGGCUGAGGAGCUCUUUCAGAAAUACGGCUAUAAUGCCUUCCUUAGUGACCAGUUGCCUCUGGACCGGGAGCUGCCAGACACUCGAGACCACAGAUGCAUUGGCCGUGAAUACCCCCAUAAUCUGCCCACCCUCAGCGUGGUGCUGAUUUAUCUGGAUGAGGCUCUGUCUGUCAUUCAAAGAGCCAUUUGCAGCAUCAUCAACAGAACUCCAGCCCACCUGCUCAAAGAGAUCAUACUGGUGGACGACCACAGCACAAAUGAAGAUCUGAAAACACAGCUACAUGUGUAUAUCAGCUCCAUCAAUGAGAAGCACCCAGGCCUGGUGAAGAUGGUGACCCAUUCAGAGCAGAAAGGACUUUCCCAGGCCAGAAUCUCAGGGUGGAAGGCUGCCACUGGGGAUGUGGUUGCCAUUUUAGACGCCCACAUUGAGGUCCAUGUCAAAUGGGCGGAGCCUCUGCUUGCACGUAUCCAGGCUGACCGUACGCUGGUCCUGAGCCCUGUGUUUGAUAAAGUCAAUUAUUAUGACUUGCAGGUGACAAAGCGGUUCGCCUCUGCUCAUGGUUUUGACUGGGCUCUCUGGUGCAUGUACGUGGGAUUCCCUCAGAAGUGGUACGAUCAAAAUGACCCUUCACAGCCAGAAAAGAGUCCCUCUGUAAUGGGAAUACUUGUGGUUGAUCGCCUGUUCUUUGGUGAGAUUGGGACUCUGGACGGAGGGAUGGAGGUGUAUGGAGGAGAGAAUGUUGAAUUAGGAAUACGGGUGUGGCUGUGUGGAGGAAGUGUAGAGAUUAUACCCUGCUCUAAAAUUGCUCACAUUCAGAGGGGACACAAACCAUAUGUAACUGAUCUUAACAAUGUCAUGAAGAGAAAUGCACUCAGAGUGGCAGAAGUUUGGAUGGAUGAAUACAAAAUAAAUGUGAACAUCGCCUGGGGUCUUCCUAUACAGAAACAUGGGAUAGACAUUGGUGAUGUAUCAGAAAGAAAAAAGCUGAGAGGGAGGCUAAAAUGCAAGCCAUUUAAAUGGUAUCUGGAAAAUGUCUAUCCUGAGUUAAAUCCCAUGAAUGAUUUACUUGGUUAUGGAGUGCUGAUUAAUGAUCUGCAAACAAGUAUUUGUUUGGAUAAGGGGCCACUUGAGGAGAACACACCCAUUUUAUAUCCAUGUCAUUUUACGGGAACACAGGUACUCUUCCUAACAGCACGUGGUGAGAUAUUUGCACAUCCUCUUCAGUCCCUUAAAAACAAUAGGAACCGCUGUCUAAUUGAUCCCGGCUCAGACAGGUUUCCAGAUCUGUCCUGGUGUUCAGACACUGAAAAACCAAAACACAUGUACUGGGAUUUCAAACAGGGACAGGCCAUACAGAACAGAGAAACCAAACGCUGUCUGGAGAUCAGCGCUGACCAGACAGGGAAGUAUGAAAAGAACGUUUUUCUUCAGGACUGCAGAAACCAACACUGGAAGAUACAGAAUGUAAUUCAGGACUUUUGAAAUGCAAGAUUAAAUCAAUCUACAUAAAUGCAGCUGAAAUGGUUUUGGUCGAUGGGAUCACAAGAAGAUGAGAGAGACACAUUCCCAUUUACCUGUUUUAUAUAAUUUGUCUCUUUUGUCCACUUUUGACCACUUUCAUGAUUUAUUUUAGGGCAGAUCUAUGGGUAGGGCUUUUUCUGACCUUUCACUCUAAUAUUGCCAAAUAGGCUCCUGCAAUUUAUAUAUGAAUGCAAAAAGAGACUAUAGAAGAUGAUACGAAGAGCGGCAGCUUUCGUUUCUGCUCAGAUAGCUGCAUAACUACGCUGAACGCUGUGAGAUUGUUAGAAUCAGGACUGGUAAGAAAUCAUUGUGCUUUUUACUUUUUUCCCUUCAAAGCAAACUUACGAUUUCAGACGGCAAGGUUAAAUCCUGUCUGGCUAGCACGCUUCAACAACACAUCCCAAAAUGUUAAAGAAUUUGGUCAGUAGGCGGAAAGAAGGGGAUCUUUAGUGAAUGCAUUUGAACACAUGAGAGUCUACACUGUGAAAGUACUGUGAAAGUGGGUUUGGCAUUUUUGAGGCAGAUAGGCACUACUGGGGUUCUUCAAGUAAAUGAGCGGUUCAGGUGACAGAAAUGUUUGAGAACCCCUGAUAAGGAGCAGGGAAAGACUCAAGCAUCCCCAGACUUCACAAAGGAUAUACAGUUUGCAAAAUAUAUCAAUGAAUGGAAGUUUAUGUUUUGUUAUGAAAUCAAUGUAUCUUUCUUGAAUAAAAAAAAAAAAAAACAAUAAUCAUAGUUUGCCCUGUUCCUAAUAGCCCACUAUAGGGGCAUGUUGUCACAGAAUCUCAAUGUAUAUUAAAGCAGUAGUUCAACCAAAAGUGAUUCUUUCAU